UUGUUAAAUAAUAAUGUUGGCAUUCCUACACAGUUACUUUUUGCUUGUCAAAAGUGACAGAAGUGACCGUGAACCAUAACUAUUUUAGAUGUUGUCCGGUAUGAUGUCGAAUUUUAUUGUUUUUACGAAUGUUUUCAAUUGAAUUUGAAUAGUUUUUAUUUUACAUCAAGUGUAAGUGUGGUUUUAUAUUAGUGUUCUUCAUUUACAUAAAAUUUCUUUAUAUACCGUCCACCACAAAGAUUUGAGAUGGAUUCUUCAUGACAAUGAUUGAACAAGGAUAAAGACAUAAGAUGUCGCGUCUAUUACAAUUUUACACCGUUGAGGUGGGCGAUACGAAAUUCACCAUUUUGAAGAGAUACCAAAAUCUCAAACCAAUUGGAUCUGGUGCUCAAGGAAUAGUUUGCGCUGCUGUAGAUACGGCUACUCAACAAAAUGUGGCUAUCAAAAAACUUAGCAGACCGUUUCAAAACGUUACUCACGCCAAAAGGGCGUACAGAGAGUUUAAACUCAUGAAACUCGUAAACCAUAAGAAUAUAAUUGGUUUACUUAACGCUUUCACUCCACAAAGGACAUUAGAAGAAUUUCAAGACGUCUAUUUAGUCAUGGAAUUAAUGGACGCCAAUCUCUGUCAAGUCAUUCAAAUGGAUUUGGAUCACGAAAGGAUGAGCUAUUUACUCUACCAGAUGUUGUGCGGUAUCAAACAUUUACAUUCCGCUGGUAUAAUACACAGGGAUUUGAAACCCAGCAAUAUAGUAGUAAAAUCAGAUUGCACAUUGAAGAUCUUGGACUUCGGUUUAGCUAGAACCGCUGGUACUACAUUCAUGAUGACACCGUACGUAGUUACAAGAUAUUAUAGAGCACCGGAGGUCAUAUUAGGUAUGGGAUAUACGGAAAAUGUUGAUAUAUGGAGCGUUGGUUGUAUAAUGGGUGAAAUGAUCCGCGGAGGAGUGUUAUUUCCUGGAACCGAUCACAUAGAUCAAUGGAAUAAAAUUAUAGAACAACUUGGUACACCGUCUCAACAAUUCAUGGUCCGAUUACAACCAACUGUGAGAAAUUACGUUGAAAACAGACCGAGACAUCACGGUUUCAGUUUCGAGAAAUUAUUUCCCGAUGUACUGUUCCCAUCUGAUAGUAGCGAACACAAUAAGCUGAAAGCUUGCCAAGCAAGAGAUCUUUUAUCUAAAAUGUUGGUUAUAGAUCCUCAGAGCAGGAUAUCCGUAGACGACGCUCUCUUACAUCCUUACAUAAACGUGUGGUACGAUGAACAGGAAGUUAACGCGCCCGCUCCGGGACCGUACGAUCACAGCGUAGAUGAAAGGGAACACACCGUAGAACAAUGGAAAGAACUGAUCUACCAAGAGGUUAUGGAAUAUGAAACUUCGCGCGGAAGAAUAGCAUCUUCCAGUUCUCAACUAAGUCCCGCUGUCAAUAGUGAACCCAACGGUUAUUGAUUUCGAAGCACAAAUUCAACUUCAUCUAGUCUAGUGUUAAAAAUAUAUUUAUAAUAAUUGUUAACACCAACGACAAACUAGUUAUUCACAAUAAAAAUAUAUGGUUAUAUAUGAAGAAGAUUUAAGUACAGUUUUAGUACCCCCUCCCCUUCCGUAUAAUAAUGCCUAUACUAAUGUCUUGAAUCAUUAGGUGUGUGAUAAUAUUAUAAAACCGAGAAUACUAGUUUGUAUUUAUUCAACAGUUUAUUUCGAAAAUGAUAGAACAGUGUGUAGUAGUUCAAAUGUACCAUUCAGUCUUUUUUAAAUAUUGUGUUAAAAAAGUUGUAACAAAAUUGUAUCACGAGAUUGUAUUGGAUUUGUUUUAACUUGUUUUUUGUGAUUUUUAUAAAUAUUGUAACAUUUUUAAGGGAAAAUUUUGGUACAUAUAUCAUUGGGCUUCGAGAUCAUUUAUUUCCCAUUUCCUAUAUUUGUUAUUUGUGAAUUUGUUGUGUCUUUUUUUCGAUUAAGGUUUUUUUCAUUAUAAACUUUUAAAUUAAUAUUGUAAUUGGAUCUUUUGUUAAUAUUUUUUUCUCUAUAUAUAAAAAUUUAACAUCAUGGGAUUAUUUUUAUAUUAUUAUCGUUUAAUGUUUUUUGAUCUAAAAUAAAAUUAUUAUUUUUUAAAACCUGGAUACAUACCAGUCUUGAUUCAUGUUAUUUUUCAAAAUUUAUUUUAAAAACGUUGAAAUUUGAUUAAAUUGUACGUUUAACAGUGUUAAUUCAAAAAUAAUAGUAUCAUAGGUUUGUAUAAAAUAUUUUUUUAUCGGCUAUAAGAACAAUUACAAUAUUUAUUUUAUUUAAACGAUAUUCUUGCCAAAUUUUGUUCGUAUAAAGGCAUUAGUAAUAUUCUAAUUCAUACAAGUGUAUAAAACUGCAACAAUGUACCUGUUCGUACUUUGGGGAUCGGUCAUAUUGACUAAGGUAGCUCUUUCUUCCUAAUAUAAAUGAUCACUAUAUAUCUUAACUUCACUAGCUUUUAAACGAAACGAUUUCGGUGAGAAAUUAUUACUGUCGUCGUAGAAGUGCAUUAGAAUUUAGAAUUUUAUGGGUUUUAUGGUCUGACAAAUACCAACAGUUCAUCAAUUUGUAUUGCGAGAUGAAGAAACGAAAAUCUUUACACGAUAAAUAUGUACAGUAAUCAAUUGAUUUUAAUAAUUAUUUUUGCAGAAUAUCAAUUAUGGAGCAUUCUCUUGGAUCAGCAAUUACUGCUUUGAAUUCAAUGGAGGAUUGCAGAUUCCCACUUGUUGACAUCAGAUUUUUUGUCACUUUUCUUUUACUGUGAAGAAUAGGAUUAGCAGUUCUUGUAACUGUAUGAUCUAAAGUUUUACUUCAGAAUAACAAAAUAGAAAUAAAGUCCUUGGAAACUUCAUUUUGACAUUCUAAAAGUUGUCCAAAAACUUCGAGGUUGUGUCACAAGUGGAUCUGGAUGUUCGGGAAGUAAUCGGGAACACUUUUAAUGAUGGGAAACUCGAAAAUCCUUAAUGGUUGACGUUAACCCUAAAAGAUGUUUUACCACUUUUCUUUUAUUGUAGAGAAUAGUACAGUCGAUGUAAUUUUAUGAUCUACGAAAAUACCUUGUUGAUAUUUAUUUGGAAGAAGGUUUAUUUAUACAAUUCGUUACGAAACAACAUUGAUAUAAUAAAAUUUCUAAAAAAACUCACAACUGUUGAAGCCAAAUUGACAUCAUAGUUCCUACGACCUUUGAUUAUCUGAUAAAUAUGAAUAAAGUUACUAAAAAGUGGUGGAAAAAAUAUUUUUUUGGAGAUGGAAUAACAAAAUACACAGAAAAAUUUUAGUUAUCAAAAAACGAGACUGAUUCUGUAAAAUAUUUUACACAAAACUUUAUCAUCUGACAACCUCCAUCUUUGUGCGCUGAUUUACCCCUAGAAAUCCACUGUUUGAUCUAUGGUGUGUUGUGAUAUAUCCAUGUUUCAUCCAUUGUUUUCAAAAUUGCACAAAAACUUGUCCAUACUGACUAGUUGCACAAUUGCUAGUGGCUAAUUCAAAAUUGAAACCGUUAAGUCAUGUGACAAGCCUAAAGUUGUCAAAAAUCUCCAAAAUUCGUCUAUAGAGACCUUACCUAGACGUCCAGAACGUUUGAUUUUUCCAUGUUAGUACGAAAUUCAAGCAACCACUGUUACUACUCAAAUUUACGAUGCACAUUGCUCAAAAUUUGUAUGUAGUAAAAAUAAUACCAAAAGAACACUUUUUUCCAUUAUCUCCACAAUUAAUCUGCUAUCAACUUGAAUGUCAAAACUUCUUUCGUUAAUAAUUAGUCAAAUACCUGUUAAAAGACCCACCCUCGUAUACCGUACAAAUAUUAAACUUUUGUAAUUUGUCAUGACAGUGCCGUUUUAAAAAAAACGUGCUGAGUAUUCAUAAAAACAUUUGUUCUUGCUGAACAUUGUAGUGAUAACUUGUUAUUUUUUUUUUAUGUGUUGAAGUUCGUGUUUCCUUUGUAUAUCUUAGAAAUAUGGUUUUAGAAGAUAAGUUUAAUCAUAUUUUCAGUUAACAAAUUGCCUGAAACGUUUUCAUAAAUACACUGCCCCGCAAAAUUAACGCACCUCGAGAAACAACAAUUUGUUUGGAGGUACACAUUCUUAUGUAUCUAGAGCAUUGAAAGCAUUUCUGGAAACCGGAAACAACCAAAUAAACUCGGACAAGACCCCUAUAGGGUAAAAAGAGUUUUACAAAUAAAAAAUACAAUUUACUACAACCCCUACACUGAGAAUUUUCCACGUUAAUCAAUACUAAAACCUAAGAAAGAUGUUGGACGUGGAAUGCUUGAUACUGUUAACAACCAUAGAGCUCUAAAAGAUCUAUAAUAUCCCAUCCUAUAUUCAAUUUCCUAAGAUUGUCUUGGUAUCUAGUAGUUCUUUUAUUUCUGAUCCUUAAAUGCAUUUUAGAUAUCAAUUUUGGUCUUCUGGCUCUACCCUAUAACUUCACAAGUGCGUUGCAUUCACUAACUACGUGAAUUGAUGUUUUCUAACCUCAAAAUAGACCUUUUCGAAUUAGUUUGGAGCACCACUGAGUGCUAAUUCAGUUGAUUGACGUAUUCUUUUCUUCAUUUCUGGUCACAUCUCUCCAGUAGCCCUUAUUUCUUUUUAUUUCUAUCAAUAUCGAUUCCUUAAUAGAGUUUUGGUCUUAUUCCUCACUUUUUCCUAGUUCCUUCAUCAUUCCAAACCAGAGCUUAACAUUUUAAUGUCUUUUCGGCUAACAGACAUGAUUGCUUUCCAUAUUUCUUAAUGAUAUUGGACCUGGAAACUAAAUUUUCAUUUGUGUCUUUUCCAAGCUUCUAGAGUGUUUUGCCUCAAAUACAUUUUCUUGUCUUAGUAACUCUGUUUUGAUUCCAUUCCUUCUAUUGUUAUCAUCUUCUGUAUUGAAUUUCUUCAUAAAACUAUCCAUUCUCUGUCACCUUAUUUAUGUACUUGGUUCUACUACUUCGCCCUACACCAUUUGUGAUUAGGGUAGUUCAAAAUUACCUCCAGGAAGUGUAAAUUGUAGCUGUAGCUUUUCUUACUAAAAGCACUGAUUGCAGUUUUAUUGAACACUUGUUGGACAAGGGUUGUAGAGCCUCUAUUGGAAGGUUUUGGUCCACCGGUAUCAAUUUGGAGACUUAUAGGUGGUUUUCCCAAUUUUUGGACUUCUGCGUUAAUUUUACAGUGUAGUAGCUUGGUCCUUGAAACACUAGUCAUUUCGUUGUGCAAUAUAAAGUUAGUAUAGUUCUUUUGAACUUUAAAGUAUAAAAUAUAUGAAUUAUUUGUUAUUUUCCAGUCAUUUUGUCAACUGAACGUAUUUGUAUAGUUAUUUAGUCUUAGUGAACUAGUAUUGGAAAAAAAUUUAAAUCGUAAAAAGAACUCAUAGUUUUUACAAUUGAACAAAGACAAAAAUGAUACAUUUCCAUUUGUAUUGUUCAAGUAAAAGUAAGAUGCAUCCGAUCCAAAAACUAAUGUCUGUAAAAAGAAUUAGUUGGUAAAAUAUUUCUUACAAUAAAAAAAUAUAAGAAUACAAAA